AUGUUCACACCGGAGCAACUACAGAAAGUAUGGAUGCAGUUGGCUUUGCAAGGUAUGGGCGCCAAUCUUGGUGCUUUACAAGCUUUGCAAGCUGCCAACAUGUCUGCUGCUGCCGCUUCACCCGCAGUACCACCACCUGGCCUAUUCCCACCAAUUCCUACCGCCACAAUUCCGGUUGUUAAUCCUGGAUCGCCUACUACAUCCAAUUUGACAGCUGAACAAAUUAUUCAAACAUGCGAUCAGCUGGAAAAAGCCGAUGAUGUCGAUCGUUUGGCUCGAUUUCUUUACAGCCUCCCACCGACCCUUGCUCAAGAGGUGGUGUCGAACGAGGUGGUGCUCAAAGCCCGGGCGCUAGUCUGCUUUCACAUGGGUGAUUUUCGACAGCUUUACAGUAUUCUCGAGAACCAUAAAUUUACCCAAGGAAGUCAUCAAAAGAUGCAGUACAUGUGGCAAGAAGCCCACUAUCGCGAAGCCGAGAAACAGCGUGGAAGACCGCUUGGACCCGUGGAUAAGUAUCGUGUUCGUAAGAAGUAUCCGAUGCCAAGAACGAUCUGGGAUGGAGAACAGAAGACGCACUGCUUUAAGGAACGAACUCGUUCAUUGCUCCGGGAAUGGUACUUGAAGGAUCCGUAUCCAAAUCCGAGCAAGAAAAAAGAGUUAGCAAAUGCGACCGGUCUGACGGCAAUGCAAGUCGGCAAUUGGUUCAAAAAUCGACGACAGAGAGAUCGAGCAGCAGCGGCGAAAAACAAACAAAACGUCAUUGGCGUCGAGCUGAAGAAAACGUGUGGUUCAGAUGGCUCGGACAGUGAAGAUGAGAACGACUUCGAAGACAGUAUGACCGAUUCACCAUCACCGAUUGACGAGCCGAAAGAUCUCUCGUUACGACCGUCGUUUGGAGCCGAUCGUCUACUAGAACCACCAUCAUUUACAAUGAACCCCUUAUUCCUAUUCAAUCCAGCAUUUCUUCAGAUGCAACAACAACUGGCCUCUCAGUUCUCCUUACCUCUCCCUGCAAGUAGCUCACCGCUUCAGCCUCCUAAGCGUAAUAAGCUGUCUAUCGAUGAGAUUCUUGAUUUAAAACCUGAACCUAAACCUUGCACAUCACCCCAUUCACUAUCCACUUCAUCUUGUAGUUCAAAUAAGGAAUUGUCUUCGUCUCCAGAAGCGAAACGUGAGCCGGUCCCUGUCGCUGCUGUCCCCGCCGCUAAUGCUACACAUUCAGAAGCCGAGCAAUUAGUUGUAUAG